GACUCUCACUACUGCCCCAGCUGCCUGGAAAACAUGCCUUCGGCUGAAGCUAAGCUGAAAAAGAAUAGGUGUGCUAACUGCUUCGACUGCCCCUGCUGCAUGCACACCCUUUCCACUCGGGCCACAAGUAUCCCUGCUCCACUCCCUGACGAUCCGGCCAAGACCACCAUGAAGAAAGCGUAUUACCUGGCCUGUGGGUUUUGCCGCUGGACUUCCCGGGACGUGGGCAUGGCAGACAAGUCUGUUGCUAGUGGUGGCUGGCAGGAGCCGGAGAAUCCUCACACGCAGAGGAUCAACAAACUGGUUGAGUACUACCAGCAGUUGGCUCAGAAAGAGAAGAUCGAGCGGGACCGGAAGAAGCUGGUGCGACGCCGAAACUACAUGCCCCUGGCCUUUUCGCAACACACUAUACACGUAGUGGACAAAUAUGGCCUUGGAACCAGGCUUCAACGGCAGAGGCCCGGAGCUCCCAUCAGUGCCCUCGCUGGACUCUCCUUGAAAGAAGGAGAGGACCAGAAGGAGAUCAAGAUUGAGCCAGCUGAUGCAGUGGAAGAAGUGGAACCUCUUCCUGAGGAUUACUACACAAGACCUAUAAAUCUGACAGAAGUGACGACUCUCCGUCAGCGGCUGCUGCAGCCUGACUUCCAGCCGAUCUGCGCUUCCCAGCUCUACCCACGUCACAAGCACCUCCUGAUCAAACGCUCGCUGCGCUGUCGGAAAUGUGAACACAACCUGAGCAAACCAGAAUUCAAUCCAACAUCUAUCAAAUUCAAGAUCCAGCUGGUUGCUGUUAACUAUAUCCCUGAAGUGAGAAUCAUGUCUAUUCCCAACCUGCGCUACAUGAAGGAGAGCCAAGUCCUUCUGACUCUGACCAAUCCAGUGGAGAACAUCACACAUAUCACACUGCUGGAGUGUGAGGAGGGAGACCCUGACAACAUCAACAGCACUGCCAAGGUGGCAGUUCCUCCCAAGGAGCUUAUUCUGGCUGGCAAAGAUGCUGCAGCAGAGUAUGACGAGCUGGCAGAGCCUCAAGACUUUCAGGAUGACCCUGAUGUUAUUGCCUUCAGAAAAGCCAACAAGGUAGGAGUUUUCAUUAAGGUCACCCCACAGAAAGAAGAGGGCGAAGUGACCGUGAGCUUCAAGAUGAAGCAUGAGUUUAAAAACCUUGCUGCUCCGAUCCGGCCCAGCGAGGAAGGCGAUCAUAGCUCUGAGGUCAUCUGGCUCACCCAUCAUGUGGAGCUCAGCCUCGGUCCGGUGCUCCCAUAAACGCUCCCAACGCUCAUGCCCCGAUGGCUGGCCACAGGAUGGACUGUUGGAGAGAUAAAAGCACCCCGUGAAACGUUCUGUGAGAGCUCCUUUGUGCUGGGUGGGGGUGCGCCACGGCCUGCGAAAAGCGACCGAGGGUGCCGUGGUUCGGGCUGAUUUGUUCUCUCUCCCCUCUUGUAGUGCCCACUAACUA